CCACAAAGAAGUCCACGCAUCUGUUGAUAAGCAGUGCUCUGCAUACUGGGUGCCCGAAUGCUUAUAGCUGCUUGCUGAAACCGUGAAGCUUCUGUCUGAGCCUUGAGAUCGUAGGACGAAAAUUUUGCCAAGAGCCUUGCUGGUUUUAAUCCUUAGAUGUUGGCUGUCAGGGUUUGCCUCUGCCUGCAGAACCUCUCUGUACUGAUGCAAGCACAGCCUUGGAAUCUAGCAGUAAACUGAUUUUUUUUCUGCUCUACUGCUUGGUGCAGUGACUGAAACCUGGUAGAGAGGGAUUGCAGUUGGGUCUCUUGUGAGGAUUAAGCACCCCUUGCACUUGCCUGGACGCCUCCCGUGUUACAGAAUCCACCUUCAGGUCCAGGGAUUUCCUGUAAUAUGUUGGAUAAAGCCAAGACACUUCAGCCUGCCUAUGUCGGGAUUGUGCCGCUUGCAGAGACUGUGUCAAAGCAAGGGAAGAGCUGUUCAAGCACAUAUCAGGAUUCAUACCACAGCUUACGAGAAGUGCUGCAGUUGAAGCUCCAGCAGCGACGCACGCGGGAGGAGCUGGUGAGCCAAGGGAUCAUGCCGCCUCUGAAAAGUCCAGCUGCAUUUCAUGAACAAAGAAAGAGUUUGGAGCGGGCCAGGACAGAGGACUAUCUGAAACGCAAAAUCCGGUCCCGGCCAGAGAGAUCAGAGCUGGUUAGGAUGCACAUUCUGGAAGAGACCUCAGCUGAACCCUCCUUGCAGGCUAAGCAGCUGAAGCUGAAGAGAGCCAGACUGGCAGAUGACCUCAAUGAGAAGAUAGCGCAGAGGCCAGGGCCCAUGGAGCUGGUGGAGAAGAACAUCUUGCCUGUGGAAUCAAGCCUGAAGGAAGCUAUUAUUGUCGGACAGGUGAACUAUCCAAAGGUUGCAGACAAUUCCUCCUUUGAUGAGGACAGCAGUGAUGCCCUCUCCCCAGAACAGCCAGCCAGCCAUGAGUCCCAAGGCUCUGUCCCAUCGCCGAUGGACUCCCGGAUUUGUGAGCCUCUCCCUAGCAACACUGGUACAUCACUAGCUCAGGGUUCAUCCCAGUUGCAGAUUAGCACAGACUCCAGUGAAACUCCUUUCCUACCUGAGCAGCCACCUCCACCACUGCCACCUCCACCUCUUCUGCCCGCUAGUCUUACCAAUGGAGUGGCUCUUACUGCUGCCAAGCCCCCACCAACACUCAUUAAGCAAAGCCAGCCCAAGUCUGCUAGUGAGAAGUCUCAGCGCAGUAAAAAAGCCAAGGAGUUGAAGCCGAAAGUCAAGAAGCUUAAAUAUCAUCAGUAUAUUCCCCCGGACCAAAAGCAGGACAAGGGAGCUCCUCCCAUGGAUUCAUCCUAUGCCAAAAUACUGCAGCAACAGCAGCUCUUUCUCCAGCUUCAGAUCCUCAACCAGCAGCAGCAGCACUACAACUAUCAGACCAUCCUGCCAGCCCCACCUAAGCCUCCAGGAGAGCAGCAGAGUGGUGCCAGUGCCCCUGCUGUACGAAAUCUCUCUGCCACAGUCAGCAGCACAUCUUCAGUAUCUUCUGGUUCCAGUGGUCUGAUGAGACAAAACAGUAACGCUGCAGUGGGCAAGCCUGGCCCUCUCCCUGCCAACCUGGAUGAGAUGAAGGUAGCAGAGCUGAAGCAAGAACUGAAGUUGAGGGCCUUGCCUGUCUCGGGCACAAAGACGGAUCUCAUUGAGCGUCUCCGAGCUUACCAAGAGCAGAAUGGUGCAGCUGGCCAAACAACCCCCACUCCCAAGCCCAGCACAUCAGCCGUCCUCCCUAAAGCUGCUGAAGUGGUGGUGGCCUUCCCAACUGCCAGGCUGAGCACAGGGCCAGCCCUGGUCACCACUGGCAUUGCACCAGCAGAAGUAGUUGUGGCCACAGUUACUGGUGGAGGCAUGAUGAAAUUUGAGAGCACAGGCUCAACUCCUCCUGUUUCUCCAACUCCUUCUGAGCGCUCGCAGAUGAGUACAGGGGAUGAAAACUCGGGCACUGGAGAUACCUUUGGAGAGAUGGUGACUUCACCUCUGACCCAGCUCACCUUGCAGACAUCUCCAGUGCAGUUCCUGGUGAAGGAAGAAAGCUCCAAGUUUGCCUCCUGCAGCGUAAAUGCGGCACCCAGGUCAGAGCGGUGUAAUGCUGGCAACAGCAGGGAUGCAGAAGUUAGGGACAAAGACCAGAUGCUGCAGGAGAAGGAUAAGCAGAUAGAGGAGCUCACUCGCAUGCUGAAACAGAAGCAGCAGCUGGUGGAAAUGCUUAGGCUACAGCUGGAGCAGGAGAAGCGAUCUCAGCAGUCACAGCCAGCUCCAACAGCCACAGAAGAAGGAACAGCUGUCGCCUCCAAACCAGGAGCAUGUGGCAUCCAGGUCAAGAGUGAAGAUGGUUUCCUGAGUUGCCAGUCUGCGAAGCAAUCCAGUGGCCAAACAGACCAAUGCAGCCCUGCACCAACUGCUAGCCAAAUGGACACUUCGAAUCCAAGCCCAGUGCCAAAGAAAGCCGUGACAGUGAAGCAGGAGGUGCCAGCCACGGAAGCAGAGCCGCCGUGCCAGUCCCACAGCCCGUGGCUUUUCCUCGGCCAGCAAGGGAGCGCCCUCAUCAAGGGCACCCCUCCCCCCACCCUCAUCACUGACUCCACAGGGACCCACAUCGUCCUCACCGUGACCAAGCAGAGCGCCGAGAGGCAGGGCCUCUCUCCCCACUGGAUGGCAGGGAGCAGCUGCCCACCCUCGCAGAGCAUACAAUCAUCACCCGCUAAAACUUCCAGCCAACUGCCGUGUCAGGUACCUGCAAACACCCCUCAGCAGCCCACGCAGCAGCAGCCCAGAGGACCAAACCAGUCUAAGUCCUCAUCGCAGCCUAGCUCUCCUGCUGCCCCUUCCCCCUCCCAGAUGGACCUGGAGCAGCAACAGCACACGCCGCUUUUUGGAACUCCUCCACCUCCUCUUCCGGUUCCCUCGGUCCCAAUGAAAGAGUCACCACCAGGCUAUGAAGAGGCCGUGAAGCAACAGCCAAAGGCCCAGGAGAAUGGCUCUUCCAGCCAGCAGAUGGACGAUCUGUUUGAUAUUCUCAUCGAAAGUGGAGAGAUUUCUGCUGACUUCAAGGAUCAGUCGUCCCCAGCUGGCAAAGAACCACCUGUGGCCCCAGCCUGUUCCCCACCGCCCAGCAGCCACCACUCCUCCGAGCUGGCGGUGCUGGUGUCCCUGGGGCAGCCGGUGCCUGUGGGCCGGCUGGAGGACUUCCUGGAGAGCAGCACCGGCCUCCCGCUGCUGACAGCAGGCCACGAUGGGCCGGAGCCCCUGUCCCUCAUUGAUGACCUCCACAGUGAGAUGCUGAGCAGCUCGGCCAUCCUGGACCACCCGCCUUCACCUAUGGACACCUCGGAAUUGCACUUUGCUCACGAGCCAUCUGGGGGCAUAGCCCUGGAUCUGGCUGAGGCUAACUUGGACAGCAUGGACUGGCUGGAGCUGCCAGGGGGUUCUGUCAUGAGCCUGGCUCCCCUGAACACCACAGCUCCCAGCCUCUUUUCCACAGACUUUCUUGAUGGACAUGAUCUGCAGCUGCACUGGGAUUCUUGCUUGUAAUUCUCUGAGCAGAGACUGAAGGGAAUGGGAGUGGGAGGGCACAGGCAUGCAGAGGGAAGAGGCCAGUCAACCAAAAAAAAGGAAAAAGAAAAGAGCUCCUAGUAUUUGUACUCCUCCCCUAACAGUGUCCUUCCUGCGUGGAGCUGGCAGUGGGCCAGGCCAGGGCAGGGAGAACGGCUGCUGGCAGGGGGAACAAUAGGCAGGAGGAGCUAUGGGGCUGGCAGCCUCCUGCCCACUCCUCACAGCCUGGCCCAGCUGGGGUGAGAGCAGAGCCAGCAGCCCCUGUUCCUCCAGGCAGGAGCAAUGGCAGCACAUUGUUCCCUCACGUGGGACAGAGCGUGACUGGGCCUGAGCUGUUUCCAGAAGCAGCACUCUGCGCCUCCCUGGGAUUGGCAGAUAAAGGGGGUUGUGCUGCCCCAGCACGGUCGGUCUUAACGGUUGUGGAAGGGGAUUCUACCUCUGGAGCAGGACACAAAGGCAGGAGGGCUGCCUGAGGCCCAGAGCAGCUGCCCUCUGUCUGUCAAGGGAGGGUCUGAUCUGCCACAGGGCUGGGAGAGCUGGGCAGAACAGGCACCUUCUCUAAAUGUAGCCAAAGGGAACUAGGGCUCCCCACCAACCUGGUAAUGUCUAAGCUGGUUUCCCAAAUAUUGCUGAGCUUGGCAGAGGCCUGCUGGCCUGCCUGCUCACUUCACUCACUUUGGGCUGCAAAACAGUUUUUAAGGUGCUAGAAUCAGGUCCUUAUACGUUAAAACUGCUGUCAGGCACAGCCCAUUGCCCCCAGCUCCCAUGGCACUUGUGACAUCCCCAGGUGAGCAGGGCAGUCAGCCUGGGCAGGGACACUGUGUGUCCUGGGGAGGGGGUGAGGGGCACAGCUGGCAAUCAGUGACAUAUCAUGGGGGCCAUGUGCAAUCUGCCUCCUGCCUUCGCUGUGUUGGUGCUGCACUGUAGCACGGGCCCCAGUGGAAAGCAGCAGUGGGGAUGGAUGUUGAACCCCGUAGGCAAGGAAGUGGGACUGCAAGAGUGGUGGUGUGUGGUGCAGCACAGGUCGUGGCUCAGUGACUGUGAGGGGCUCCUUGUGGUGUGUGGUGCAGCACAGGUCGUGGCUCAGUGACUGUGAGGGGCUCCUUUCUGGAGAGGAGCUUGAAAGCAAGUAUUGGGCAGCUGACCUCUGCUUUCCUCUCUGCAGUCCCACAGGGUAAAAGGCAAAAGUAAAUGGCUGCUUACUUUGAGCUGGUGCCCUGUGUCCUUGUAGGGCCCCAGGCUGGUGCCUUGGGGGAACUGCAGACCGAGGGGGUGGACAAGCCCCCAGGGCCUCAGAGCCAUGACGAUGCUGUUCCUUGGGCAGGGCUCAGUGGUGGAACACCAGGCCUGUGGCUCACUCCUGUGCUGUUACUCCUGUUAAUUUAGAAUUCCCGUGUCAGUAGUAACAGCCAUACUGAGCAGGUAGGACAUGGCUUACGUGGAUGUGGCCACCUUACCACAAGGCUGUCCCUGGCCCUGAGCUGGGUCCAGGCUGCUCAUGCUGAGUGAGGUGGGGGAAGCUGUGGCUUCUGAAGUCACACAGUCUGAGGUACUGACCUGCUUAGGGAAUGAAAGGAUCAACUGCCAUCCAUCUCAGUAUCUCCUUGAGGAUGCUGUCCCCACCUUUCCCCCACACCAGCCCACAGAGCUCCUGCUAGGGAGGGGUAGCUGUGAGCCACGUGCUGCUUCCCUGCAACUUUGGUACCUGGUCCUCUUCCCAGGGAGAGGCUGUGCCACAGGGGUGCUGGUACCUCUGCUCUGUGGUGAGGCAGGCGAACAGCAGCCCUGCACAAUGUGCUCUCCUUCAGCCACUGAACUGGGUGAGGUCAUGCCUGUUUGGAGCUGGGAGAUACUCCUGCUUUCCUGAGCCCUUUGCUUGUUAACUGCAUGGGGAGCCACUUUCUUAAUCAUUGCAGGGGGAGCCUGCUGGCAGCUUCCUUUCUGUCCCUUCCUCUCUCCUCUGGCCCUGAGCUGUAAGCAAGUUGAGGCCUCUUAACCUGUGUCACUCAGUGUCCAGGUUGGGAAGGACAACCCUCCCCCCCCCCGCCCUGGCUUUUUAUUCCUCAAGCUACAGUGUCACAUCCUGAAAAUCAGAAUAAAAGAGACUGGUGGGCACCCCCUUUAUCCUCCUGAGCUCUCCCUGAAUUCUCUCCUGGUGCAGCCCAGGUGCUCCCUGGGCACUGUUACUUAGCAAUCAACUUAGAGAGCUUUUACCAGCUCUGCCAGGGCAGCUGCCCAGCUGUGGGGGCAGGAGGCAAGAAACUCCUUAGAACUUUCUAAUGAGAAAAUUGUGGGGGGAGUAGGAGGAUCUCCAAAAUACUAAAAUCUGAGGGGAAAAUCUGAGGCUGCCUGUUUGUCAGACUCAAGCAAAAUCAGGUUCUUUCAGCCCAUAGUUGCAGUAGCCCCCACAAAAAUCAGCUGUGUGAUUUCUUUUGUACAAGUAAUUACAAAUCUGCAGCUAUUAAAUAAAGAAGGAAAUUAUCAAUAAAAUGCAAUGAGCUCCUAGAGGAAGGUGGGAGCAUUCCAGCUGCAGUCCUGGCCUGACCCAGCCCUGGUUCUUUGCCCUGGGCCAGGCACUCCAGUCAUUGGCAGAGAGAUGCCAAUGCCUUGAUACCAGUGUAGCCCUUCUCAGAGGUUACUGGUGAAAGGCUGAGCUCACAGCUGCUCCCUUUUGCCUUCACCUGUCCACCCUCAGGUGUGAAACUGUAGGAAUUUAGUGACCCUGACUUUGCCUAACAUACUUGCAUUGGCUGAAGAGCUUCAAGGAGCCCUGAGGAUACAGAGCCAAGAGCUUCAUGUCCCAAGGAGCUGGGCUAACCUGUGGGAGCCCCCCUGCACAAGGGGUUUCUGCCAGGGGAGUGAGUGAUAACCCUGUGCCUGUGGGGAGAGGGGAAGGUGGUGCCUCAGCCCCAGAAAUGUUAGAAAGUCUUUUCCCCAAGCAGUGCCCAGUGCAGGCUUGCCCAGUUCUCUGCUUUCUUACUAUUAUUUCUUUGAACAAUAGUUCAAUAGGUCUUUGUUGGAAGAGGUAUUCCCCUGGACAUCCAUUUUUGCACCCAUUGGGAAAAACGAAGUCUGAUGUUCUGCCUCUACCUUGAAUGUAAUCCUGAAUCUUUCUGCUGUAACCACUACUUGUUUGUAAUGUGUAUUUGACUAGCACGCACUCUCCCUUCCACUAUGCAGCCAAUGGCGAGGGGUGAUCAGCACCAUCAGUCAGAUGGUGUUGGGGCAUCAGAUCCAGAGCGAGUAUUCAACUGGAAAAGGAUAAAAGUGACAAGUUAAUGGGGGAGAGAACGGAUCUUUAAAUUGAAUUAUUUUUUCAGUUACAAAUAUUUGAAGAAAAAAAAUCCAUUUUAUUAAAAAAAUUCCAAA